CAUAUAUAAAUAAUUCGUAGCAGAAGAUAAGCAUAAAUUGUCACAAUGUUACGUUCGUUGUUUUUGUUGGCCUUCGGCUGCCUGUUUGCCAUUGGUAAUUGCGAUCUGGACUUGUGGCGCGAUGUGCGGAAGCCUGAGCAUCAGGCCCUGUUGCAGAAACUAAAUGAGGCACGCUCGACAUCCGCGCCAGCAUAUUUAGCCCCGACGCAGCCUCCGUCGCAGUUUUCAUCUGGCUUUGCCGCUUCGGCUCAGCCUGCUGGUCCCUUGCCGCCACAGUUUUCGUUUGACCUUGGCGUUUCGCCGCAGCCUGCUGGUCCAUUGCCGCCGCGAACCGAAUUCGCUGGCUCCAGUUCUGGUUCCAGUUCGGGCAAUGUGGAUGUGGCUGCUUCGGAUGACAUUGCACGCAACAUACUCACUUUCGCGCAAAAUCUCUCCAAUCAGAUCAAUGUCAACUAUCGAAAGACAAUGAUUUUUUCACCACUAAGCAUCGCAUCUGCUCUAGCGUUACUGCUGCUUGGCGCCAAGGGACGAAGCUAUACGGAAUUGGUCGCGGUUUUUGGCCAAACAGAUAUGGUUAAACUUCAUGAACAGUUCGGUUUGAUGUUAAGGGAUGUGCAGCAGCCAACGAGCCAGACAAUAUCACCAGUGCGUCAGCUAGAUGCGUGGCACAGUAACAGCCUGCGCCGUAGCUUACGCAACUAUCCGCGCAAUCGCCAUGCCCCGCAGGAGGUGCAUGUGGCCAAUGGGCUCUUCGUUAAGUACGGCUACAGCUUGAAUCCAGAUUACAGACAAGCUGUCGUCGGCAUUUACAAAUCGGAAUUUCAGACGCUCGAUUUUGGUAACAGUCCAGCGACAGCCAAGUAUAUUAUAAACUCGUGGGUUGAGCAUCAAACUAAGGGCAAAAUCGAGAAUAUAAUUGCAGAUGAUUUGCCGCAGGAUACGCGCAUUGUAAUGGCAAAUACCCUGUACUUUAAGGCCAUGUGGGAGAUAGACUUCAUAGCAAGUGCUACGAAAGUCGAAGACUUCUAUCCCAAUGGCGAGGGCACUCAACCCGUUAUACCCGUCGAUAUGAUGGUCGGUGCCGGCGCCUUUCCCUACCACGAGGAUCAACAGCUUGAUUGUCGGAUUAUUGGAUUACCUUAUCACGGCAAUCUGACCACAAUGUAUGUAAUCCAACCAAUGCGCUCAUCCGUGGAGCAAUUAGCAUAUUUGCAGCAAAGACUGAAUGCGGAUGCAAUUGAGCAAAUGAUUAGCCAGAUGACGAGGCGAUCCACAAUUGUAGCAUUCCCCAAAAUGCAUCUAACAGAAUCCUUUAAGCUAAACAACUUGUUGCAAGCGAUGGGCAUUGGCGGAAUCUUCAAUCCAGUACAAAGUGAUCUCUCAUUAAUUGGCACAAAUGAUCCAACUUCCCAGACUGUUCAAACUGGACGCAGUUACUCAGAUAGCUUGCAACGUUUGGUGGCACAACGUCAGUUGGCACAAUCAAGUCAAUCACCCACACCUCCCUCUGAUCUCAUUGUGUCCGAUAUUCUGCAUAAAGUGGACUUUACGGUCAAUGAACAGGGCACUGAGGCGGCAGCUGCCACGGCGGCUAUACUGAAGAAAUCAGGUCCCGAGGUUCUGUUCCGUGCGGAGACACCUUUCAUAGUGCUGGUGCGUCACGAUCUGACAAAGCUGCCAUUAUUCUAUGGCAUGAUCAAUGAGCCACCCACUGCCAAAGCGAGUUCAAUGUAUAAGAAUUAGAGACUAAAAUAAAUUCAUAAUUAGAAACUUAAGUAGUUAGCAAUAAUAAUUGAGUAUAUGUAUUUAUAAAAGUUACUUUAAUAAGAUUGUGCGUUUAUAAU